AUGCCUUUGCAGACAGUGAUUACCACUGUGUUCUCACUCCCGAAGCAGAAUGGCCUGUACCAAGCCGACAGCGCGCAAAUCGACUGGCGGAAGAGCGCUCCUGCCACCGGCGGAAGGAACAAGCCUCAUCGCUACCGGCCCGGCACCGUGGCUCUGAGGGAGAUCCGGCGCUACCAGAAAUCCACCGAGCUGCUCAUCCGCAAACUUCCCUUCCAGCGCCUGUUCCGGGAGAUUGCUCAGGACUUCAAAACCGAUCUGCGUUUCCAGAGCUCGGCCGUCAUGUCCCUGCAGGAGGCAAGUGAGGCUUACCUGGUCGGGCUCUUUGAGGACACUAACCUGUGCGCCAUCCACGCCAAGCGAGUCACCAUUAUGCCCAAGGAAAUCCAGUUGGCCCGCCGCAUACGCGGGGAGCGCGCCUAA